CGUGUGGCGUCAUGUAGGCGGAAGUCGCGGCUGGUGUUUUGAAAUCGCUCGCCCGGGUCUUUCAAGCGUCUGUGCGCACGCCGAGGCCUUGCAGUCGGGCCGUUCCGGGGCGGCCGCCCACCGCCGAUUCCCCGCCCGUGCCAUGUCCACCCCUCCGCUGGCGGCCUCGGGAAUGGCGGCCGGGCCUUUCGGGGGACCGCAGGCCCAGCAGGCCGCCCGGGAGGUCAACACGGCGUCGCUGUGUAGAAUCGGGCAGGAGACGGUGCAGGACAUCGUGUACCGCACCAUGGAGAUCUUCCAGCUGCUGCGGAACAUGCAGCUGCCAAAUGGUGUCACAUACCACACUGGAACGUACCAAGACCGGUUAACAAAACUACAGGACCAUCUGCGCCAGCUCUCUGUCCUUUUCAGGAAGCUACGAUUAGUCUAUGACAAAUGCAAUGAAAACUGUGGCGGUAUGGAUCCCGUUCCAGUAGAGCAACUUAUCCCAUACGUGGAAGAAGAUGGUUCGAAGAAUGAUGAUAGAGCUGGCCCCCCUCGAUUUGCUACUGAAGAGAGGAGAGAAAUUGCUGAAGUGAACAAGAAACUCAAACAGAAGAAUCAACAGCUGAAACAAAUUAUGGAUCAAUUACGAAAUCUCAUCUGGGAUAUAAAUGCCAUGUUGGCAAUGAGAAACUAAACUGAUGUUUAAAUUUCUUGCUUUGCAUAUGUUAUUCUGUUGUGUUUUUUUUCCCUCAAUUAUAUUUUUUCUCGAAGAAGAA